AAAUCAAUUCCGAACAUUUCUUCAAAAUUAUCUGUCAAUAAUAUUUUUCGCUAGUUCAGAAAUAUUUUAAACUUUCAUGUGCUUUUACAAUGUUUAAACUGAUGCCAAUUGAUCAUCAACUCUGCUUGUUGGCCUACAGCUACAGGCUGAGGCUGGACGAGUGCAGACAGUCACCGGAUCAUAUGGAUAUAUACAAAAAUCAGGUUAUUACAAUGCAUCGUCUAUUAAUCUUGUCCUGUCUGCUUGGUGUGAUUAAAAGCUUGGUUGUCUUUGUGGGACAUUACUGUACCCCAGCCACUAAGCUUACUACCUUAUGGUGUGCCGACAGAUUUUUAAUACUUCCGCCCGAAUUGACGCGCAAUAUUCGAUGCGUUUUUGGUUUUAUUCAUCUGAAUAUUUGGUUGGUCUUGAGCUAUGCUGCUGUAUGCUUCUCACCCACAAUGAUGAUGCCGUGGCUGAUAUACUAUUACUUUUUAUUAGCCUUUCGAUUGGGUAAGUUCGGACUCCAAGCUACAAUCAACAAUCUCGAGGGUCAACGUAUGUCAACGUUUGUUGUGUUGUCGAGUUUACUGUUGAAGAUCGCAUUUGUCACACUCUGCAAACGGAGCUUUGAAGCAGAACUCGACACAAAUUAAACUUGAAACAGUAUUUCACACAGAUUUCAACUCUCUCAAUAUCAAAAAUUUAUUUAAGAAUAAACAGAACAAGCGAAAACAUUGAGUUUCGGUUAGGGGUAGUGAAAAAGCUUUUGGGACGAGGCUAAGUUAAAUUGUAGAAUAUUAAUAGAGUAGUUGAUAUUUAAAAAAUAGAACUUAAGAACUGACACACACAUACACACACACAGUCACACACAUUUUGUAUAUAUUAUACUUACAUUGAUAAAAGCGCGUGCUAUAAAAAAUGCCACCUCCGCCUUGCACAUG